AUGAGUUUAAAGUAUUCGUACCUUGGCACGAACGGAGGCUAUGGCAGCUAUGAUAAUGGUGAUUCAAGCUACUAUUCUCGUCAUAGACCUCAUCGACGAAGGCAUCAUCACAAAAAGAAGAAGUUCCGCAUUGAGACCUUGGAAGAAUCCGAGGAGUUUCCAGAACCACCGUCAGCGACGUCAGAAUCAAGAGGGUCUACUAAGGGUUCCACUCACGACUGGGAAGAUGAGGAUAUGUGGGAGAAGAAGUUUGUGAAUGCGAAAUCCAAAGCGAAGGAGAUCUCUGAAGAGUUUCCAGAAAUCACCAGUGAAGAGAGGAACCCAAAAAUGAAAGUGUGA